UUCUAGAAAUUAUGUUGCAGUAUUUUUAUCUAACACAAACUCUCUUGUCCUACACAUCUAGCUGAUGGCAGAAACGACACGCCGGGUCACUGUGCGCAGUACUGUAGUUACACUACAAUGGAAAACGACACAUUGGAGAUCAUCAGUGUAGUCACAAUAGACAAAAGACAAACCGACAGACGGUCUGCCAUUAUGGAGAAGGAGGCCUUCAUCUUGACAAUAGAUCAACUAGUCACUGAAGUUAAACUGGUCGAAAUCUGCACAGAUGCCCACUCACAGAUUGGUGCCCUGAUGGAUCCUGUAAAGGGGAGGUACAAGGACCAUGGGAUUCAUCACAGUUUAGAUAUGUGGCAUGGUGCCAAGAAUUUGGCAAAGAAGAUUGCGGCUGCAGCCCAGGUAAAAGAACUGUCUGUCUUGCUCCUUUGGCUGAAAGAUAUCAUAAAUCACUUCUGGUGGUGCUGCAAAACAGCCGACUCCUAUGAAGAGUUCCUGACACUUUGGGCAGGCCUUUUACAUCAUGUCUGCAACGAGCAUGAGUGGGCUAUGGGCAGCUGUAAACAUGGGCAGCUGGCAGACUCGGAGAAGCAAUGGAUUCAAAGAGACUCCAAAGCACACAAGGCUCUUGUGGAGAUAAUCCUCAAGAAACGAUGGUUGAAGGAUGUGCACAAAUACCUGCACUUUCGAUCAACGGCAGACCUCGAAUCCUUUCAAAACCACAUAUUGAUGUAUGCCAGCAAGCGCUUUGCCUUCAGUCCACCGGUGUACGAAGCCCGAGUCCUUCUGGCAGCCCUGGACUACAACUACCAUCGGGACCGACCUACUCAGAAGAGGGCAGAUGGUACAGAGAUGUACAGACGAGUGUACAAGAAGAAUGCGAAACAGUACAGUGUCUAUGCACACAAGACUCCCAAAACCUACAGCUACAUUGGGGAACUACAGACGCUGGUGGUGAGAUGUAGGCUGGAGAGUGGCUCUGGAAUGCCCAGGACAAGAACCCUAAGGCCAGAUGACCCACAAAGGCUUGGUUUACUUCCACCUGUACCACCCCCACCAACGGCAGAGCUUGUACAAAGACAAGUCAGGAGAGGACUAGGACCUGAUUUACAGUCGAGUUCUCCCCAGUGAAGCCAGAAUUGCAGCAUCCAGUGUACGCAUAGUUCAAGCCUCCGACAAAGAGAAGGAUUGGGACCAAUGGGACACCCACCAACAAUCACACUUAUUUAAAAU